UGCAUUACAAUAACAUUCAUGAUGACGAAUAUUAGAAGCAGCAGCAGUAGUAGUGGCAGCAGUAACAACAAUAACAACAACAAUAAUAAUAAUAAUAUACAUUCAAGCUUUGAUAAUCAUGAUCAUCACGCUGCUCAUCAUCAUCAUGAUGUUGACGAUGAUGACAGUAAUGACAACAACAACACUCAUCACUCAGUAUUAGACAUGUCAUUCUCAUUCAAUAGCACAGCAUCAAUAUCACCACAGAAGCCUGGAUACUGGCUAACACGUAUCAAUAGUGGACUGUUGACACUUGUCUUUCUCGAACUGUUGUUCAUCUUUGCCUACGUCAUAUUCGUGCGACACUUUGUGAUUGUGGCUGCGGGCUCAACCUAUGCAUCACUUAUCGGUGGCACCAUCAUCCUAGUCUUCUUCCACCUGCUCCUCAUCAUCGUACAGGCAUCACUCUUCAAGACAACCUUUACAGAUCCAGGAACCAUCCCAGAUGGUUUCCCAAAUGAUGUAAGACAGAUAUUCUCAAAGGCAGAGAGUCUGAUAUAUGAGACAAACAGUCAGGGCAACAAGAGGAAGUGCUCAAAGUGCCAGAAGAUCAAGCCAGACAGAUCACAUCACUGUUCAAAGUGCAAGCGUUGUAUUCUAAAGAUGGAUCAUCAUUGCCCAUUCGUCAACAACUGUGUUGGAUUCUUCAAUUACAAAUACUUUGUACUCUUCCUGUCGUGGACAACCAUACUCUGCUUCUAUGUAGUUGGCACAAGCUUUAGCAACUUCCUUCUCGUAUUGAAUAGGGGAGAUCCAGAUAUAUUCCUUGGAGUUAUAUUCAUCAUUGCAUUGGUAUUUGGAUUGGGCUUGUCCGCAUUCGCAUUCACUCACAUUGGCUAUAUACUAAAGAAUACUACAACACUGGAACACAUGGAGAAGAAGUCGCGAUUCAGUCGUCCGAGCACCACAAAGUUCUCGGUCUAUGACAAGGGCCAGUAUCAGAACUGGUGUCAAGUGUUUGGUAGCGAGCCUCUCAAGUGGUUCCUGCCCAUCGCUCCUCGAUACACAUUGUCGUCGGGCAUGAUCUAUCCAGUCAACUGCACAGAGGACUCUCCACUGAUAGGA